AUGUCGAGUUUGAUAGACAAGGCGAAGGAGUUCGUGGCGGAGAAGAUAGCGAAGAUGCCGAAGCCGGAGGCCUCCCUCGAGAGCUUGUCCAUAAAGAGCUUCACCCGCGACUCCAUCCUGUUCCACAGCGAAGUCGCCGUCCUCAACCCCUACUCCCACUCCAUCCCCAUCUGCCAGCUCUCCUACGCCCUCAAGAGCGCCGGCAGGGAGGUGGCAUCGGGGACGAUGCCGGACCCGGGGUCGCUGACGGCGAGCUCGGAGACGAAGCUGGAGGUCUCGGUGAAGGUCCCCUACGACUUCCUGAUAAGCUUGAUGAGAGACAUCGGCCGCGACUGGGACAUCGACUAUGAGAUGCAGGUGGGGUUGACCAUCGACCUCCCUAUCAUCGGCGACUUCACCAUCCCGCUCUCCACCAAGGGCGAGAUCAAGCUGCCCACCCUCUCUGACCUCUUCGGCGGCGGCGGCGGCGGAGAUGAUUAAGCAAGCUUCCAUCUUUUGUGCGUUCCGUUUGGUUAAUGUGAUUAAGAAAAUGGAAGUCAACGCUAAAAAAAUGUUGUUUUUAGGUCACUUGUAUCCGAUAUGAAUCGGAUGGUGAAAGACGCUAAAAAAGUUAAUUAAAAGCUUAACUUAGACGCAAACAAACAAGAGUUUUUUCAUAUCUGAUUAAACAAUCGUUCGGUCAAGAUAUCAAAAUUAACAUGAGAAAGGAAGAUUAACCAGUUUCAAAGUCAAAAGGUUGUUCUUGGAUAACUUAGAUCUAAGCAAACAACUGUUUUUCAUAUGAAGAUUAAACAAUCAACCUAUCAAGAUGUCAAAAUCAGACCGAUGCAACUGUAUAUAUCAACACCCACGAGAACGGGAGAGUGACAAA